GGCGAACGAACUGGAACUUACUAGGAAAGAGAGAGGUGAGAUUUGGACCGACGGAAAUGUAGAAGUAGAAUUGAAUCCGAAUCCUAGAUGAAGACGAAGAGAACAAGAUUGUUUGAAAUAAGCGUGGCCCCUAGUUAUUUUUUACAGUUUUUUAUUUCAUAGAAACAGAAACGAAACAUAUACAAGCCUGUUCUAUUGAUGUGUCGGAAGCGAUACUGAAGUCAUUUUUCGCAGUAACUUUGCUUUCAAAGAAAAGAGGCCACUAAAUGUGUAGUCGGACCGGGAUGACCGAAAUCUAGCUGUUUUGUCAGCGCUGCUGCGCGAUUAGAAUCUUCUACUGUAACACUACUUGUGUGUUUACUUGAGAAGCAACGAAAGAAAUUGAAGACGUGUAGUUUCAAUCUGAAUGUAGUUUCAAUCUGACGCAAGAACGAAUCCCCUACUUUUACGAGCAAGCGACAUCGAUACUUUGUUUUUUUUUGUGACCAGCGCAGACAGUGCUCGGUAUGUUAAUUUGAAUUUCUUUGUGUGCUACCUGUGGCGUCUUCUGUAAUAUCUCUUGUGACUUAGUAUACAAAUCAAAAACUUUCACGACCUCUCAGCUACAGCUGGUGGACCACCAAAACUUGGGGCAUUGAGCGGAACAGGUGGUAUUUGCGAGGCAAGAACCAGUCCACCGUGGCAACGACAUGUUGGCUUUUUGUCAAGACAUCCUGGCGGACCUGACGAGUGAUUCCGAAGAUGCCGAACCUGCGGCCAGUUUUACCACCGGCGCAGAUCGGCGCGGCAACGGGGAAAAUGCAAAAACUCCGGGUAAGAGCGAUGAAGUGUCGACGGCGGCGGGGACACGGGAGGCGGGCCAGCACGUGCUGCGUGAACGCAAAGAUGAACAAGUGUUUGAAUCUUCUACCCCCGAGGAACUAGAAGAAUUUUACAAGAACCGAGAGAGGAAAAGGCCGCUGAGAUCGGCGGAGGCAACCCCAUGUGCGCAGGUAGCAGUACCACCAUCGGGAAAUCAAAAAGAGGCUCGUGAUACUCGCAGGUCCGACAGUUGUACCUCGUCCACCCAUGAGUUGGAUCAUCUUCACGAUGUUCACGAUAGUACUACUGACGGGAAAGAGGAAGGAACCGAUGCGGGUGAAAAUGAGUUCGGUGCUAUUGCAAAUGAACUACUCCAGAAGUCUACAGCUUCUUCCUCUGAGCGCCAGGCUGUGGCCGGCACUACCAGCAGUAAAAAUUCAACCGGAACAAGAACAAGCACAAGACCGAAAGGCCGGCUUCCUUAUUUGAAGCAGUCUUUCACUGUCGGCGAUGUGGAGAACGUGUUGUGUCCAAGCCCCGAUCCGUCAAAGUGCUCCGUCUUGUUGACGAGUUUCGACGUGGCGCGCGGAAACUGUUGCAACAGCGAGGAGAGUGCGGCGGAGCGGCGGUCCAUCCGCAUGCACCUGACCACCGUCGAAUUAGACAUCAACCCGUUCAAAGGAUCUUCUUGUUGUACCGGUAGUGAAGGAAAAAAUCACGACAAAGACGGUUCUUGGACAAAAUCUUCAACCGGCGAUAGCAAUAUGACAACUGGUGUGAAGGCCGCGAGUGGUAACAAAAGCAAAGGGAAGAAGAUGUUGAAUUACGAUGGCGACAUGAUAAACGAUUUUAAGAUGCAAGGCAAGGGGAACAACAACAAAGCAUAUCAAGGGAAGAACAAAAGUAGAAAUAAGCGGAAGGGUGCAAACGAUUCCCAGCGGCGUCCCGCGGGCGUGUCGGACAAGGAUUGGAACCGGCGGUUCUACUUUUGGAGCCGGUACGACCUCGGGGUGCGCAUGGACACCAGCGGGUUCUACGAGGUCACGCCGGAGAGCGUCGCGGCGUACGUGGCGCAACGACUCUCGCACUGCGAAAAGAUCGUGGACGGGACUGCGGGGUGCGGCGGCAACCUGGUGCAGCUGGCGACGUUCUGCCGGAACGUGCGACUGGACGACCCGGAGAUGCAGGCGCAGUUUGCGAACCAGAAGAGAACCCGGCUGGUUCUGGGCGUGGACCUGGUGCCCACCAAACUGCUGGACGCGGUGCACAAUUUGAAGAUCUACGAGUUCCCCGGCACGGUGCACGUGUCCGACGUGGCCGACCGCACGGAAUUUUCGCGGGCCCUGUUUGAGGCGGAAAAAUUCGGCACCGUGGAUAAGCCCUCGGUCGUGGUCGCGCCGGGCCGCUUCGAGGUGGUGGCGGAGCAGCUGGCGCUGCUGUGGAACUACCCGCUCUUCUCGUACGAGAACAAGAUCAUGAGGAGUUUGAAACAGCAGGAGCAGGGGGAUUAUGACAAAAACAAACACAAACUGAUGUUCUCGAUGAACAGCAAGGGUUCAACACCCGGGAUGAAGACAUUCAACUGUGCAUCUUCUCAAGGUCGUGUGGUGGCAACGGCAAAAGGAAGAGACGAUGUUGUGGAGCAUCUUCACGCAUCAAGUGAAGACCAGGCCCCCUUUGAAGACGACGAGAUCGACAACCACGACGAGAACGACGACGGCAAAGCUUUUGCCGAACCGCUGCCUGCCCGAGGUACCACAAUUGCUGCUCCCGCGUCCCUGUUGAGCACCUAUGCCCCGCGGCGGCCCAACGCGCCCGGCCAGUACCGAUUCCCCUUUGACGCGGUGUUUCUCUCGCCUCCCUGGGGCGGGCCGGCGCACUUGGAGGAAGAGAUCUUUCGGUUCAGUUUCGCGGACGAGCAAAUCGGGGACGACCUGAUCCGCAACCUGUUUCACUACGCCACUAGCCUGGCGCCAAACAUCGUCCUGUUCCUGCCCCGCCACCAGGAUCUUCGCGAAAUCGCGGAACUCGCGGCCAAGUACGGAUUUCCGGACGUGGAGGUAGAGUCGGUCUGCUACGCCAAACCGCACCGGCACCGGAAGAUGCUGCUCUGUCACUUCGGGCCGAAGUGCGUUCUGCGCAACAACACCUGGCUCAAGAAGGGCAACCGCGGCGCAGCAGCAGCAGCAGUCCUUGGCCGCGGGACAGAACUUUUUACCAACAGUUCGGAGGUGGAAGAAGAUGGUCGGAACAAAACUAGUGGGGUGGACGUCCUCGGGGAAGCAACCACUAAGAAGACGAGCAAGGCCGUAGGAGCUGCUGCAGCGGCCAUCAAGCAAGACCACCCGACGCAAUUGAAGAUGUCACCGUCUUCAACUACCCCGGUGACGCCGGCACUGCAUGCAUCAACAUCUUCCUCCUCUCAUGUACUACCGGUCCCGCACCAGUUACAGUUUUUUGUUCCCGGCCUCUCUGGGGAGGUUGACCGCGAAGUGAGUGUUGGACCGACCGCGGGGGCUUCGUCGACGACAGAAACUAGCAGGGGGAGCGGGCGGCUCUCCUUUUCACCCCUCGACGACGUGGAUCAUCCGGAUUUGAUCGUGUCAAGCGGGCAACAAGUUGGAAAUACUGAGCUGGGGAAAAAUGUUCCUGUCGACGAGAAUGAGGAAGUGGAUGAGUGGGCAGUGGUGCGGAUGGAACUCGAGCGCCUCGGCGUGAUUCCCGUCACGGUCAGCGCAGCGACGAGUAGUAAGCAGAGUUCGAAGUCAUUUCCGCAGGGUACAACGAGGACGGCAACCUCUACGCGCACAGAUGCGAGGACCAAUCCGCGGCCAGAGGAGCCAGUUACAACUUCUGUCCAGGGCAAGAACAAGCAGACGGAGGUUUCUGCCGGUUGUUUUCCCGACUUGGACGCCAGUAUCGACAACAGGAGUGGUUCCAUUUCUUCCCCGCCGGGGCCAGAGCAAGAAGGCAGCUGCGACCGGGAAGAUGAGAACUUCUGCGGAGGGCGAGAGAGUCGUCUUUCGGACGUUGAUCUGAAUGGUGCAAGGACGAUUCUGGAUAAGAAUUUCUUGGACAACAAGAACAUCAACAAGACUAAAGUAGAGAACAAAGACAGCACGACCACUCCUAGAGGGCGGCGAACUGGUGUUGCGGAUGCUGAAGAAGCAACUGCGGCUGACGAUGAACCAGUGUUGUCUACCCCGAAGGCGGCCACGACCGCGGGCGGGCGGUGCAGCAAGCGCCGGAGCUAUAACCCGUUCACCGCCAUAAUCGAGAAAAAGAAACGCGACCGCGCCAAGAACCGGCUCCUGGCCUCGGUGAAACUGGAGUAUGUUCCUUUCGGCGUGAGCAAGCUGCGCGUGACCAAGAAGGCAAAUCUGUCGGAGCGGCUCGUCCACAACACUUGUGUCCGCUUGCUGGAAGGGGGGCUGCACGUGGUGGACAGAGGAGGCCACGUCGGUGCAGGCGUUGCGCUGCACAGCUAAAGAAACCGAAAAAAACGGCGGAAUAAACGGUAUUGCAGAAGACCUGCCUUCGUCGUCAUUCGGCAUGUGAGGGACACUCUGCCGCCAGUUAGGGAUCAUCGCAAUGAAAAAGUUGUGCGACUUGAAGAAGAGAUAGGCGGACAAAUGAAAAUGAAGUGCAGCGAAGUGAAGUGAUUUUUUUCAUUACAGUUUUUUUCUGCUCAUAAAUCUCGUCGCCUGCUCAUUAUCACUUCUAAUCCGGGGAAAGAACGAGAAGCGGAUAGUUCUUGUUAGUUUAUUUUAUUUUCCAUUUUUUCUCUUGCUGAGCUGUGCUACUAGUACUAGGUUGAAGCCAGCGGGUGACGAGGACCACGCGACGCGAACAAGCACGGGAAACAAUGACAGCGUCGCAGUUGUGGAACAAAAUAGCGAUACAUAAAUGAUACGUUUAUUCACUAUCAAAUCUUCAAAGAAAUGCGAAUUGCCCUUUUCAACCUCUCGUGUGUUAGUUGUUUUGUUACCUCUUUUUGAAAAGGUCCCAGCGACAGGCUCCCCGUCAUCUACAACACGACUUAUUGUACACGACUAAUUAUUUGUAGUAGAGUUUCUCUUGCCGAAUUGGAAUUUCAGGCGCGACCGGAACCAGUUGAGCUAGAAGAGUUGUGUUUUGCAAAAAUGAUGAAGAUCAAGAUGCUGCAUGAUCACCAUGUGUUGAGGAGUUGGCGUACUGUUCUUUUCGCCGACCCGCGACACAUAUGUAUACUUCUUUGCGGGUACGCGUACUUUCUUACUUCCGACAACACGACGAAUUGGUUCCUUUUUCGGUUGUUUUUACCUCCGCG